UUCAUAAACAGACAGGCUGACUGGAUUUAUUGAACUGAAUAAUUUCCAAUUUAUUUCUAAGUUAAAAUUUAUUCAGAAUUUACCGAUGCCUGCUGCUAGUUUUGGAUCCAUUUUAGCAAGUACUGUAAAAGAAGAUUGUUCCAUAAAAAAUGUCUGGAAUCAUAAUCUUCACGAAGAGUUUCAUGUUAUUAGACAGAUUGUGCAGAAGUUUCACUGGGUGGCCAUGGAUACCGAAUUCCCAGGAGUUGUAGCAAGACCCAUUGGGGAAUUUAGAUCUACUGCCGACUAUCAGUAUCAACUGUUGAGAUGUAAUGUUGAUCUCCUAAGAAUAAUACAGUUGGGUCUCACGUUUAUGGAUGAAAAUGGCAAAACUCCACCAGGCUGUACUACUUGGCAAUUUAAUUUCAAGUUCAACUUGCAGGAAGACAUGUAUGCGCAAGAUUCAAUUGACUUGCUCCAAAACUCUGGUCUCCAGUUCAGAGAACAUGAGGAACAUGGGAUUGAACCAUUGGAGUUUGCAGAACUUCUGAUGUCCUCAGGUAUUGUUCUAAUGGAUAACAUCAACUGGUUGAGUUUCCAUUCAGGUUAUGAUUUUGGAUAUUUACUCAAAAUCCUAACAGAUUCAAAUCUGCCACAAGAGGAAAAUGAUUUCUUUGAAAGUCUUCGGCUAUAUUUUCCAACUGUUUAUGAUGUGAAAUAUCUAAUGAAGCUAUGCAAGAACCUGAAAGGAGGCCUGCAAGAAGUAGCUGACCAGUUGGAACUUCGCAGAGUUGGACCUCAACACCAAGCUGGUUCCGAUUCACAUCUCACUGGAAUGGCAUUUUUCAAAAUCAAAGAAGUUUUACAGAUUUUCUUUGAUGGAAAUAUUGAAAGCACAAGUGGUCACCUGUAUGGGCUGGGAGCACCGUUUGCCAGUAAUGUGAAUAAUUUCCAGGACAACAUGGAAAAUGGCAAUUCCCCUUGAUGAGGACACACCCUGUGUGGUGAACUACACACUGCCAUCCCAUCUCCUUAUUUAAUGGAAAAACUUUAAGUAAAGCAUUUGUACCUGAUUAUGUGUAAAAGGUAGAAAAUAUGGAGUGUAAACUGUGAUAUCAGUGUAGUUGCAUGCUACACAUAUAAGGAUUUCUUAGAGCAUAAAAUAUUAUAAUAAUAUCCCUGAGUGAUUAUUUUCCCAGAAAAUAAUAACUGCUCAGGAUUGUCUUGAAAAGUAUAUCCUAUUACUUCCUUAGACCUAGAAUUUUACCAAUUGCUUUAGAAUCCUUAUCAAAAGCUUUUAAUUAAGUUACCAAAGCUUUCUAAUCAAUGUAUUUAAUCAAAUCUAGCUAGUAUAGGGAGAAUGUAUGGAAAUGACCCGUCAAAGUGCUAAUUUUUAAUUUGAAAGUAGAUAACUACUGUCAGGUUUAGUAUAUUUGCAAUUUAUUAGGAUCCUUCCAGAAAUUGGUGAAAUGAUUUCUUUUUAUUUGACAUGUUUCAUAAAUGUAAUGGCAUGCAUUUGCAACAAAGAGCAUAUAAAACUGUAGUUGUAAAAGUAGCUUCAAAAGCAUUGUAAGGCAGAUCUGUUAGUUUUGUAAUUAGAUAUAAUUGCAUUUAGUGAGUAUUUCGAAUUGAAAAUAGAUAAAUAAGGCUGUUAAAAAUAAAUAUGUACCAAUUUGUACCUUUUUGAUAAUGAAACUGUGAAGAACAUUUGGCAAUACAUAUUAUAGAAUAAUUUUUACAGAAUAUACAUUUAAUUUUUUAACAAUACUAAAUAUCAUAGAACUUGUCCUAUAAAGCACCAAUAGUGUUUCAUAAAAAUCUUCGUAAAUAAAAUAUUCCAAUAUU